UUCACUGUGCCCAGAAUAAUUUUGAUAUAACUAGCAGGCGUUGCAAUUUCGGAAUCUGUCCUUGUAUGAUGGCGGACGAAAAUUUCCACUGGAGAAACCGCAACGCAUAGCCUACCCUGAAUACGGGAAAAAAUGAAAAAAUAAAACUAAUAAACCGAGCCCGGACAGACUGUAGCCUACACCUUCGUCAAAACAAUCAUACAACCGGGCUCAUUCCGGAAGAUGGCAAGGUUGCAAGCUCGGAAAUAAAGCAGUUUUAAUUUUGAUCAUUUGAGAAUGAAUACCGGCAACUCAUUUUAUUUCAAAGCGUUGUUUGUACAGUCACCUCUUGUGGAUGAGGAGGAUUUUGGAGCUCGAGCAAGCCUACUCGCAUGAGCUGCAUCAUUUUGGGAGCCCUAGGAACGCUGGCCCUGAGUAGUAGGAGACAUGAGUGCUCAGGAGGUGCCUACCAAUCCUGCGCAGGAGCAGGUUGACACGGGGGAUGGAGUUCCAGAUGGCCCCACCGCUACCCCGACGACCGCCACCCUCACUGUCCCGGUCACAAUAAAGAAGGAGCCUGGCACGCAGGGGGCCAGUAACGGGAAAGAUGUGCCUGCCGAGAUCUGCGUGGUCCUCGGUGGUGGAGGAGGAAAGUCUCGCAAUGACCAGACCCAGGGCUCCUAUGUUUGUGGGAUAUGUGGGAAGAAAUACAAGUACUACAACUGCUUUCAGACGCACGUCCGUGCCCACAGAGAGUCCGACAGCAUGCCAGGGGAGGGUGCACCACCAGCUCCCAACAAUAGCUUCCGCUACUCCUGUGACAUCUGCGGGAAGAAAUACAAGUACUACAGCUGCUUCCAGGAGCAUCGUGACCUGCAUGCUGUUGACGACCCAUAUGAGCAGGUGGUUCUAGGACCUGUGGAAGACCUCAAGGAGGAGCCGCUAGUGGAACAAUUCCAGAAAAUGGGACCAAAAACUGGGAGCUAUGUGUGUGAGUUCUGUGGGAAGCAGUACAAGUACUUCAACCCAUACCAGGAACAUGUGGCUCUUCACCAACCAACGAAUUGGUCCUUCGAUAAUAUGAAAUCGCCUCGGUCACGUGGAAGUGUGGGUGGAAACAUGGACGUCAACAAGUACAGUGCCACUAAAUUAGAAACCGACAGUCCCUUCAGUCAGAAAAUAGAGAGCAAAACCCAGUCCAGCUUGGUGGACACCAACAGUUCCCAGAACUCAAGCGGUACUCCAAGCCCCCUGGUGACCAGUUCAUUCCCUGCGUCACAGAAACCCUACACAUGUGGCGCCUGUGGCAUCCCGUUCCAGUUCUACAACAACCUGCUGGAGCACAUGCAGUCCCACGCUGCGGAUAAUGAAAAGCAUACCAAAGGGGAGUCUCCAAAGACAUCACCGGGCCCAGCCUCACAGGACCAGUUGUGGAGGUCCCCCCAGCCCCAGCAUCAGGCCCAAGCUCAAAUAGUUCAAGUCCAGAUACAGGCUCAAUCCCAGGCUGCACAGAGAAACCACUCCAUCAACCAGAACAGUGGUGGGUUACCGGAGAAGGAAAGGCAACAGGUAGCCGAGCGUCUCCUGAGGGUGAUGUGUACAGACCUGGGCGUGCUCAACAUGCUCAACAGCAAGGACUUCCUGAAGCUGGCCCAGACCCUGGUGGACACGGGCGCCCGCCACGGUGCCUACUCCACCCGCGACGCCCUGGGCAACAUGAGCUCUCUGGCCCUGCGCCAGCUUCCCCGCAUGUACAACCAGGUCAAGGUGAAGGUGACUUGCGCCCUGGGCUCCAACUCCUACCUGGGCAUUGCCGUCACCUGCCACUCCCAGACAGUGGGACCUGAUGCCUGCCUAGUGCUGACAGCGUACCAGGUGGAGGGGUCCAGGCUCAAGCGCUAUGUUCUAGGUGUCAAGGAGGCAGACCUGAGGGAGGGGCCAGAGCAGGUGCACCAGUGGACACAGAACGUGCUCUCGGAGUUCGUCAUGUCAGACAUCCGCACGGUGUACGUGACUGAGCCGCGGGUGGGAGUGGGGUGCUUGCCACUGGGUGGAGGCGGGCGGAGGAGGGUGUGCCUGCGGUGCGCCGGGUGCUCGUUGGGUGCUGUGGUCCAAGCGGUGCUGGGGAAGCACAGCUUACAGGCAAGGGGGCUCCAUGAGCUGGCUGAGCUGUUGGCCGCCUGCCACGACAUCGCUGCCUCCACCAGCCUCUUGUCCACCAGCGCCGCCACAGACGAGGGCAUGUCUAACCCCUCCACUCCCCCUGGGCUCAGCCCUACUCCUCCCUGCUGGGACCGCAUGGCUGAGGCCCUCCUUCAGGUGCACUCCCACUCUGAGCAGAUCUUCGAGGCGUAUGGGAGGAGCAAGGCCACACUGCAGGGCCUCAACAAGCACCUUCUGGGGACGCUGACCUGCCUGCUGGCCCCUCUGCGCCUGGCCGCCCUGGAACUCAGCAGCCAGAGGAGGCCAACCCUGCAACAGGUGCUACCUGUCUACCUGCGCUUGGAGAAACUGUUCACCUCCAAGGCUGGGGAGGUGGGGACCUCCAGCAAGCUCUGCCAUUACUUUCUGGAAGCUCUUAAGGAGAACUUCAAGGUGGAGAAAGCCCACCAGGUAGCCAUGGUGCUGGACCCCCAGCUGAAGCUGCGUCCUGUCCCAGCCUACCAGCAAGAGGAGAUCAUCGCCCACGCCUGCGAGAUGGCCACAGACACCCGCGAUGGUGGAGGGUCCGGGGGUGAGGACGUGGAUGGACCCUCAACACUCAAACGGCUCCGCGUGGAUGUCCCCAGGGGCGGGGUGAAUGCCAGAGGGGUAGUAGCCGUGUCGUCGUGUGAGGCGUCGUCAGAUGAAAGCCAGACCCAGGUGAGACAGGAGGUGUUCCAGUAUCUGGCUGAACCGCUCCUCCAGGGUACCAACCCAGACCUCUUCCACUACUGGAGCACCACGGUGGGCGACCGCUACCCCAGACUGGCACGCCUGGCACUGUGGCUGCUGGCCGUACCCGCUGUGGGCGUUCGCAGCGAGUGUGUGAGCGUCUGUGAACAGAGCUUGGCCAUGAAGAGGAGGCAGCAGGUCACCGCCGAGGAGAUGAACAAACUCAUCUUCCUGCGCUCCAACAUGGCCUGAAUGUUACGGUCCGACCAAUAAGGCUGACCUAACCACGACCAUAGCUCGACUGUCCUAGACCGACCCACCAAUGACCCACCAAUGACUACACAGACUAUCUACAGCGGGAUAGCGGAACCCAUAGUGCGAUCUUCUCAAGAUGCUGAUCAAACCGUGGUUAGUGCCAAAUGCAACAAAGAAAAGAAUGUAUUAUCAGGGGUUGAAUGGCUUUUAAAACUGAUAGGAUAAACGACAAGGAUGGCAAGGGGUGUUGCAUCUGGUGCUAGCUAGUAACCGCUGUUAUUCUUUGGCCCUUAAAGAUCUCGCAUUCACUGAAUCACUUCUGACCCUAUGUGUCAAAGUAAAUUUCAUGCCUUUACAAUGUUAUCAAACUGCCGUCUUUUUACAAUUUCUUCAAUGGCUUGUAGUUGUCUGGCUUUAGUAGCCCUUUGAAGGACUAAAGGAGGAAGAUUGGCCUUCGGUGGUUGUGUAUGACCUGGCAUCAGAUCCGUUCUGGACAAUGGUGCCAUUGGAGUGCACUCUGUUACUGAGUGACAAUACUGAAUGACUUGAUGGUUGGGGUGGGUGUGAUUAGGAACUCGUCGGCCUGAUUGCUAUAUAUAUUUUAGUAAUAAUAAAUUCAAUAUAAAGAGAACUGAAAUGAAGUGGGCCUCCAACCCCACCCAGCCAACAUGUUUCCAUCCAAACCCCCACACCUGGAAACCAUGUUUCCCCACCCCCCUAGAAAUUAGGUUUGCUCGUCAGUCAGCACUCCCCCUCCAGGUGACCAGAGGUGUCGAAAGCGUUCCACAGGGAUGCUGGCCCAUGUUGACUCUAAUGCUUUCCACAGUUGUCAAGUUGGCUGGAUGUCUUUUGGAUGUUGGACCAUUCUUGAGACACACACACACACACACACAGGAAACUGUUGAGCGUGAAUCCAACAGCGUUGCAAUUCUAGACACACUCAAACCGUUUCGCCUGGCACCUACUACCAUACCCCGUUCAAAGGCACUUCAAUAUUUUUUCUUGCCCAUUCACUCUCUGAAUGGCACACACAGACAAUCCAUCCAAUUUAUUAUUAUUUAUUAUUUUGUAUGCGUGUUGGGCUUUAUACAUUUUUUUUGUAAGUAUUAGGCUUUAACUAAGAUUAUUCUUUAGAGUCAAGUAUAUUUGUCCAGGCCUCAAUUGUUCCUUGAUUAGCACCAUUCAUUCUCGCUGUGGAUAAUUCUGAUGUUAGAGCUUCUAACAGUAACUGUAUCCACUGGAGAAUUGGGAGAGAGUGAGGUGAUUGCCAUCUAAGAGACAACAGCUUUUUUUGCGGCAAUGCUGCCUGCCAGCAGUUAAUAUUCAAGGAGCUAUCAUUGUUAAGUAACAUAAUAGAUGCAUUGAAUAAGCAUUGAAUAUUUACAUUGAUGCACAUUUAACUGCAGGGCACUCCCACAUUAUUUGAAAAAUGUGCCUACCUGAUUUAGGGGACACAGUGAACAGUUGGGAGUUAGCGCCAAUUUCAUCAUGAAACGUAUCCUUGGUGAUAAAUACAGUCGGUGAACAAACUUAAAAUGUAUAAAUUGAUGGUUUGUGUCGGUCAAAUUUUUCAAUAUUCUGUUCGUUAAAGUGUUGUUCAGAUUCAAUUAGAUCUGUCGAACAAUACUUUUUUAAUGGCUAGCUCAGAAUAUGAGCUUACUAAGUUGUUUAUAUAUUAUAGAGAUCAGUCCUUUCCAGAGCCCAGAUCAUUUAUUUAUAAAUCCCAUCAUUGGAUGGUUUGGUAGUUGGGUUUCCCAAGGGACUUCUUACGCCAGCAUAGCUGUAAAAAAAAAAAUGUUUAAGUUAAAAAAAAUAAAAAGUUGCCUGGUAAAUCUUGGAAUAUUCUCAAACCAUUUCUGUCCAUGAUAUCGGUAAGGGUACGGAUUCCACAUUUGGACCAUUGGGGAAGAUGCAAAAGGCUGCCCUACAGAUCGCAAGGCAUUAUUGUGAUGUAUUGGAGCAUCCCAGUUGCGUUGUUUAAAAAUUGGCGCAAAAUAGAAAUUGUGUAAGCUAUAAUAGGACCAAAGCAUACUUGACAUUUUAAGGGGUAUAUCUGUGAAGACCACCUCUUCCAGGGCAAUAGGAGACAAUAUUUCCCUCUACUCAGCCAAGGGGAAGGAGAAUCCUGUCUAAAACAAUUUAGGAUGGUGUGAAAUGCUAGUGCCUGGAAAUACUAUUUAAAGUUUGGUAGGGAUUGCCCUACGUCUUUCUCUCUUUGUGAGUUUGUUCAUUUUAGAGAUAUGACCAGUCUGGUCUAUCAAAAGCUAUUUCUGCACCGAGAGAGAAUACAGCCCAAGGAGCAUCUAAGAUAUGUAAUAGUCGAGGGAGGUUAGCCGAAGAUAAAUGUUUUUAAACAAACCCAUGUGGGCCAAUUUGGGUAAGUUUCGAGAUGGGACGACAGCAUUUUGGAGAAAAAAAAUAAUAUUUGUGUUUAUCAAAGAUAGGGGGCGAUAGUAAGAACACUGGCAGGCAUCCUUACCUUUUUUAAAAUGAAAGCGGAAUUAGUGCUGUAUUCACAUCUCUCCCAAAUGAACCUUUGUGAACGUUUGUGUUAAUCAUUUCGAGCAAUAGUGGACCUAAUUGAUUCCCAGAAUUGUACUAAACCUCAGGAGGAAUACCCUCCCAUCCAGGUGAUCAUUCUAGCCCCAAUGCCCUUUUGAGUUUACUGAAAGACAUUUGGGCUCCCAGCGAGGUGGCUUCCUCUGAGAGAAGAGGAGUUCUUAAUUAUUUUAAAAAGGACUUAGUCUGGGUUGGUGUGGAUUUAUAAUCCGAGGUAUACAGUUCUUUAUAGAAGUGGGAAAAUAUUUGAUUCAUUUGGGUUCUGAUGGUAUUCCCGUGUUUCAGAUUCAAUAGUCGCUAUGUCAACUAAUUGAUCAUUAGUCCAUAGCUUUUUGGCCAGUAGACGACUGGGAUGAUUACCAUGGAAGUAAAGGUUGAGUCUAACUCGAUGGAUGGCACAUUCUGCUCUCUGUCUUAUCUGUAAAUUAACUUAUGUCUUGACAUUGGAAAGAGUAAUAGCUACCUGGUCUGAAAAUAGUGUUUGUUGAGAACGCACUAACGCAGUUAACAUUUCCAAUUUUGAUAUCUUAUUUAAUCAUAGACAUGCGAAACAAGUACAAUGAGACCAACUACAAUCCACACGCAACCAAGUCUCUCCAGCAUAUACUCUCUGAUUACAACCUCAUUUAUGCAUGGUGAGCACAUAAUCCUAAAGCAAAAGAGUACACUUUCCACUCAAACAGGCAUAAAACAUUCUUCUGUCCCAAUAAUAACAUGGAAAUCAGUUAAUUCUAACAAUAUGUUGUUCAGAGAAUCAAAAAAUGUAGGAUCAUAUGAAUUUGGAGGAUACACAUUAAUAAAGGCAUUUUUUUCCAUUAUGGAUACAUUUAAGGAAAGUGAUUCUGCCUUCUUGGUCUUUGCCUUUACCCAAGAUUAUAAUUACACCUUUUAGUUUGGUUUGGGGCUGAUGAAAAAGCAGUCUUUUUUUUUUUUUUACAAAUUCUCUUUUCUAUGUGCGUCCUUUUUGAGCAGAUGUGUUUCUUGGUGCUUUACUAUAUUAAUAUGGUUUCUUGCUAGGAUAUCAAGACAGCAGGAACGUUUAUUAGAAGUAUUAAGGCCCUUCAAAUUCCAAGAGAGAAUAGCUAGCGUGGACAAUAAAAAAAAAAAAAAAAAAGUAUUAUUAAUGGAUGUAAUUUGUUUAAAUUAUUAUUUAAUUUGGGGGUUUUCUUUCCUUGUCUUUUAUUUCAUUUUUUAAAUCGUGGGCAUGUAAUACCAUUGACAGCAGUUACAAGUAGCCAUCCCACAUUAGGGAAGUGGGAGCUAAAGAUUCAUGGUCCCCCAGACUAACCGCCACACCUCCCCCAGAAUAUCCCCUACCUCGGUGUGGUGGACACAUUGUCAUAUAAUAUAACUGGCUAUCAGGACCACCUUUCAUUUGUCUAUGAAAUCAGGCCCAUCCCUCUUGACGUGUUAUUUGGUCCAACUUCUCAGUAAAAUCUUGACCUCCCACUUUCUUUUGCAAUAAAUCCUCCCAGUGUAUAAUAUUGUUUGACAGUUAUUUUGAAAGAAACUAACAUAUCUGUUUUGAGUUUAAAAAAUGAAAACCUUCCCCAGCAGAAUCAAGAGAUUCUUUAUCGUGUUGCAUCUCUCCCUUAAUUCUCUCCCUUAAGUCACAAUUUAACUGUUUGUGGAAAUAUAACACAAUAGUAUAAAACAGAGAGUAAACACUUGUACUUUUGCCCAAAAGUUGGAAACUAUGGCGCAAUGCCAGAAAAUAUGUAACAAAUCCUCCACUUCUACACCAAAAAAAUUGCACAAAUGGGAUUGUUCAAUUCCCCAUAUUUGAAACAUCUUGUUAGUAGCCAGAAAUGUGUACAAGAUCUUCAACUGAAACAUUCGGAUUGUGAAGUCUUGUUUUAUACUGAACAAAAAUAUUAACGCAACAUGCAACAAUUUUAAGUUACAGUUCAUAUAAGGAAAUCUGUCAAUUGAAAUAAAUUCAUUAGGCCCUAAUCUAUCGAUUUUCACAACUGGGAAUACAGAUAUGCAUCUGAUCACUGAUACCUAAAAAAAAGUAGGGGUGUGGAUCAGAAAACCAGUUUGUAUCUGGUGACCACAGCGUGAUGCAUCUCCUUCGCAUAGAGUUGAUCAGGCUGUUGAUUGUGGCCUGUGUAAUGUUGUCCCAUUCCUCUUCAAUGGCUGUGUGAAGUUGCUGGCUAUUGGUGGGAACUGGAACACACUGUACUCAAUGGGUGACAUGUAUGGUGAGUAUGCAGGCCAGGGAAGAACUGGAACAUUUUCAGUGUCCAGGAAUUGUGUACAGAUCCCUGCGACAUGGGGCUUUGCAUUACCAUGCUGAAACAUGAGGUGAUGGCGGCUCAUGAAUGGCACAAAAAUGAGCCUCAGGAUCUCAUCACGUUAUCUCUGUGCAUUCAAAUAUCGAUAAAAUGCAGUUUGUUGUCCAUAGCUUAUGCCUGCCCAUACAUAACCCCACCGCAAACAUGGGGCGUUCAUAAUGUUGACAUCAGCAAAUUGCUUGCCCACACAACGCCAUGCAUGUGGUUGGCGGUUGUGAGGGCAGUUGGACGUACUGACAAAUUCUCUAAAACGACGGAGGUGGCUUAUGAUAGAGAAAUUAACAUUACAUUUUCUUUGCAACAGCUCUGGUGGGACGUCCUGCAGUCAGCCAAUUGCAUGCUCCCUCAAAACUUGAGACAUCUGUGGCAUUGUUUGACAAAACUGCACAUUUUAGUCGCCUUUUAUUGUCCCCAGUACAAUGUGCACCUGUGUAAUGAUCAUGCUGUUUAAUCAACAUCUUGAUAUGCCACACCUGUCAGGUGGAUAGAUUAUCUUGGCAAAGGACAAAUUCUCACUAAAAGGGAUGUAAAGACAUUUGUGCACACAAUUUACAAGAAAUAAGCUUUUGGUGCGUAUGGAACAUUUUCUGUGAUCUUUUAUUUCAGCUCAUGAAACAUGGGACCAACACUUUACGUGUUGCGUGUAAUUUUGUUCAGUGAAUGGGAGUAUCAAACUGCUUUUCCCAGAAAGAGUGGAAUGGGAUGGCAACCAAUUUGUUGUUUUCCAAAUGAAAAUGAUACGUCUUUAUAGAUUUUAACUCUAGUUAACCGUCAGUAGCUAUGUUUUCAAUUAUUCAAAAAUAUACAUUAAAAGAAUGAGCAUUUUCCCACAAGUGGUGUCUCCACCAAACAGAUUUGUUUCAGAUAAAAAUCAGUGUGUGAUGUCUUAUGCACAGAAAAUGUACUUUUUCACACAAGUUUUCAUGUACAGAAUAAAACUCCAGUAGCAGUGCGUGGUAAAAUCACUGGGGAAGCCAGACUCGCCAAACCGCGCUUCUUAACACCCACCCGCUUAGCCCGGAAGCCAGCUGCACCAAUGUGUAGGAGGAAACGCUGUUCAACUGAUGACUGAAGUCAGCCUGCAGGCGCCCUGCCCACCAUAAGGAGUCGCUAGAACGCGAUGAGCAAAGUAAAGCUCUCACCGCCUAACCCGGACGACGCUGGGCCAAUUAUGCACCGCCCUAUGGGACUCCCGGUCAUGGCCGGUUGUGACACAGGCUGGGAUCGCACCCAGGUCUGUAGGGAUGCAGGUCCUUAGACUGCUGCGCCACUCGGGAGGCCCAAUCACUCACAAUUUAGUCCAAUCACUGUAAGCUAAAUAUAAUUUGGCUGUCCAUGGUUCUGAUUUCUGUGUGUGUGUGCACGUUCAUACAAGCAGAAAAAUAUGUUGACUCCCCCUACUUGUAGAGAAACGACAAUGCCAUCCUCUCGUUAUUGUUGACGAAACGGUCUAUCACUCUGUCUUACAGUACACACUACUUUUUUGUUGUCCUAGGCUACCUUGCUAAAAUGCUUGCUCGCUAGCCUAACAUUAGCCUUCUACAUCUAGCUACAUAUUGAACCUCCAUCCUCUCGGGCCAGCGGCACAACAAUGUAUGAAUUAAUGGUUGGAUCAGAAUCGCCAUUAUAAUCAUUGACCAGUACUGAGAAUUAAAACCACAAGUCCAAAUCUCGAUCUCCAUCAUGGCUAAUGUAGGAAAGGGCCAACUUUAGCUAGCUACUCUACAGUUUUGUCACACAAACUGUUGCGUUAAAAAGCAAAUGUGCCUUCUCUGAUCUUGGCACGUGCGAUCCAGCCAACAACUAUCAAAUACAGUGUGGGUAGGCUAGUCUACAUGAUGAGAUUAUUAUGGAUUAGAAUAUGUUUGUCAAACAGCAGUCAAGCAUCGAUCAUCAUGUUACCAGAAUCGGCACUUUCACCACACUGAAGUUCAUCAUAAAUAAUUUAUUCUGUAGUUUAAUAAACUGCGUGGUUUCCCGAGUCAUAGUGGGAGGACCACACACCAUAUCAUCAUGUGACUCCAAAUUUACUUCGAUAUGAUGGUUGUUCUAUAAAUAUUUCUCGCAUAAUUCAUUUUACAGACACAAAAAAAUCCAUGUCGGACAAACAAAUUUUCUGUCAGCAUUUAUAAAAUGUUACCGAAACUGUGAUGGAAACAAAGUUGUCGGGAUUUUGGAUUUAUACGCUAUGACUUUACUCGCAUAAAAACUGGAUGGAAACAUGGUUUGUGAGAUUUAAUGAGGUCUACAAACAGUUUCUCUUUCCUUAACCCUUGUUUUUAAAGACAGUCUCACUACACCAAACUCCACGUCUUUAUGUAUAAUGUUUGUCAGUUUCUGAUAUUAGUCUUUCUUAGUCUUCAUUUUGUCGUUUUGUACUUUUUACAUCGAAUAUAGACCCAUGUAUUAAUUUAUCCAAAAGCAAAUAGUCCAAAGAAACUUACUGGUGUGGCAAUUAUGGUUUCAUGCUUUUAAUUCAUGCACUGAAUUUUCUUGUAGGGUUAAAUGUUUUGGCAUGGUUGAUCCAUCCCCGCACUUGAGUUUUGUCUGUCCUCCAUUCAUUGACACACUCCACUUUCUCAUUUAGGAGUUGAGUGUGUGAAAUCUAUUGUUGCCUUUGAAGACUUGCACAAAUAAGUUGGAAUGUGCAUAACAUCCCAACUGGCUAGCUAGACCAGUACUAUAUUGGAAGUGAGUGUCACAAACACCUAGGUACACACAUCUUGAUAACAUGUCUAUUCAGUAUAAAUGGUUGACUUAACUUUCCUCUGUCCAUAGCAUCUGAGUUAUUUUUUUACCUCCAGUUCUAUGACUCAAGGACAUAGACUAAAGGCUAUGAUUUGUCCAACAUUAUGAAUAUAAUGAAAUAGAAAGUGUAGGAUAUAGAUAAUACCACUGAAAUUGAUUUCAUUUUGAAGUGGUAUUUUUUUUUAGACAACCAUAGUUAAGGGAUUUAACCUGUAGAUCUUACAUAGGAAUUUCAAGCAGUAAACUCUCCUGGACAUGCAGUCGUUGAUGUGGUGAUCUCCAAUACUACUACAAUUGCCUCGUACACUUUGUUGGUAGGAUGUGAAUUUAUAACAAAGAUAUGCAUGCAAUCAAUAUUAGAGGACUGGUCUAUUCUAUCAUGUAAGCCAGAGUGUUUAUUCUAAAACGGAACAGUUUCAGGGGGUCAGAAGUUGCUCGUAGGCAGUAUACCCUCCCCUAAUCCCAACUUGAACCAUUAGGGGCAAAGGCACAGACCUGACCUCAGAUCAGUGUCUAGGGGAAACUUCAUCCUCCUUUCAAGGGGUGGCAGUAUACUAAUACAAUAACUGUUUUACGUCAGUAGAGGGAGCAAGAGUUGCAGAAAUGAGGCGUACAGUUGAUAACGCCAUACCUCUUUUUCUAAACUAGCAUUUCAAGGUUUUUGAUACACACAACUCAAGAUAAAUACUGUUUGUUAUAAAGAACUAAAUUCAGAUUACAAAAAAAUAUAUAUUUUGUCGCUGACUAAUGGCUUCGCAGAAACGCACGUCUUGUCUUUAUCCGGUGGGUAUAACAAGAUGCUAAUGUUCACUGUAAGUACAAGAUGGCUAACAAAUACUCUUUCCCUCUCCUUCAGAAAUGUAGACUAUUCUCAAUUCUAAUUGAGCAUCAAUGUUGUUUGUCUUAUUUUAUGGAAACAUGUCAUAUUGUUUGUACUUUUUAUACUCUGCUAGACUGCAAUUUUUUUAUUUUAACUUAUUUUAAUUCCACCAUAUUUGUCUUAUCGGUAGGUCUAAUUUAUACUUUUGUAGUGACUAUUUUGAUAUACUGCUGAUGAUAGGAUACAAAGUAUUUUGUUUCAGAAUGUCAGAAGUGACCGCACUGUAGAAUGUUCUGAAAUACGUUACCCACUGUAGUAUGUGCUGUGUGAAUAAACUGGCUGAAAUGAGCAUCAGCCUCUGACCACGUUA